AGCAGAAUUUGCUGAAUAAUGGUAAAGGUCGUCACAAAGAAAGGGGCGUGACGACAGCAUGGCUACCUUGUUAGUGAAGAGAGCUAGAGGAGAUGAUACUACCUCAUUGGUGGAGGAGUCAUCUGAUGGCAAGGAGGAGGAGGCUUCUGUAUAUGGGGGUGGUAAGGGAAAGGCUAGGAGACUGAUGCUGUGCUGUUGGAGACACUCAGUGACACGGUUGCUGCGUAGUUGGUGGAGGACACUAGUCAUAGUGCUCACUCCUCUCAUCUUCCUACCCCUGGCACUACCACUGGACUGGAAUGUCAACGCAGCCAGAGCUGGCUACACUAUAAUCCUUAUUGCUGUGUUUUGGCUGACAGAGGUGGUCCCCAUUGCAGUGACAGCGCUGCUGCCUCUCAUCCUCUUCCCUGCACUGGGGGUCCUCCCCUCUGAUGCUGUGGCUAGGAACUACCUCAGAGACACCAACCUACUCUUCCUGGGGGGUCUUAUGAUGGCCGUUGCCGUGGAGAAGUGGAAUCUUCAUCGACGUAUAGCAUUGUCUGUCAUGAGGCUUGUUGGAGCUAGUCCUAGAUGGCUGUUGCUAGGGUUUAUGGGUACAACGGCAUUCCUCUCAAUGUGGAUUAGCAAUACUGCCACGUCAGCAAUGAUGCUACCCAUAGCCAACGCUGUACUGGAGGAAAUAAAGAACGAGAACAAACUCCCAAAGAGCAAAGAGGGGCGUGUCCGAUACACUAGGAGAGGGGAGGAGGUCUCAAUUGAGCAAACCCCACCCCCCACAGCUCAGGGAAGACCCCCCACACCACCCCCCACAGCCGAGGGCAGUCAGACCACUAUGGUAACUGUAGACAUUGAAGAUUCUAGCUCUGAGAAUGGAGAACGGAUAUCAGAGGAAUCUGAUUCUGGAACUGGCGGCCAGGACACGGACAAUUUCUCAUCUCCACCAGAAUCCAAUACUGAGACAAGUCAACUGCUAAAUGUAGCCGACACAUUUACCUCUGACCCCCUGGAGGCAGCAAAAGACAAGCGUUUCAAUCGUAUGGCUAAAGCUAUGAUGCUGGGUGUGGCCUACGCUGCCAACAUUGGGGGCACAGCUACUCUGACUGGAACUGGUCCCAAUAUUGUCCUCAACGGAUUGGCUGGGGAUUUGGGGGUCAACUUUGGUCUGUGGUUUGCAUUUGCAGCCCCUCCCAUGAUUCUAGCGCUCGUCUGUGCCUGGUUGUAUCUCUCUCUGGUGUUCUGUGAUGACAGUUUUGUGUGGUGUAAGCGCAAGUUGUUUGGUCUCAAUGUGCCCAAGUUGGACAGUUCUAGAGCAAAGGAGGUCAUUAAAGAACAGUACAACAAGUUGGGAAGAAUCAAAUAUGCUGAAGUGAUUGUACUGGUCAUGUUCAUUCUGCUGGUUGUGCUAUGGUUUACAAGAGACCCACGGUUCAUACCUGGAUGGAGCAGCCUCUUCAAGAGUCAGGACGGGGGAGCAAGCUAUUUCACAGAUGCUACUACAGUUCUUGUGAUAGUGUUCCUACUGUUCCUCAUCCCCUCUCAGCCGUGUUGUCCCUCCAAUUGGAUUGGUGCUGGUAACUCUCCUCGAUUGUUAGACUGGAAAUCAGUACAGACUGGGUUACCAUGGAAUGUUGUCAUCGUACUGGGGUCAGGGUUCGCACUGGCAGCGGGUGCAGAGGCCUCAGGUUUGAGUGGAUUGCUGGGAGACUACUUGACUGUGUUGCGUUGUCUGCCCACUCCACUAAUUGCAUUCCUGGUCUCCGUCAUUGUUGCUAUGGUGACUGAGGUCCUCUCCAAUGUAGCCACCGCCACUCUCUUCCUGCCCGUCCUCCGAGGAUUGGCUGAAGAGUUGUGCAUCCAUCCGCUGUACCUCAUGCUACCAGCCACAGUAUCCGCCUCCUUUGCCUUCAUGCUCCCCGUGGCCACGCCCCCUAACACUAUAGCAUUCACCUAUGGCUACAUCAAGGUCUACGAUAUGGUGUUGACUGGAUUCUUCAUGAAUCUGCUGUGUAUUGGAAUAGUAGCUCUGUCAGUGAACACUCUAGGACUAGCUGUGUUCAGCCUCAACACUCUACCAGCCAGCGUACUCAAUAGCACUGCUUGUUUUGCUAACAACGCAUCAUUAGAUUGUUUCUGAUUAAUAGCAGAUGAAGAAUCUAUUGUGUCUUUUUAAAUAACAAAUUAAAUUGUACAAAAUGAA